CCGCCCACCGGUGGCAGGAUAUAAACCGCCCGCGGGGCUUUGUGCGGGCAGAGCCGCGUUCUCGCUUCAACAGUGCUUGAACGGAACCGGCCCGCUCCCGCCCCGCCGUCCGUCCGUCCGUCCGUCCAUCCAUCCAUCCCGUUGCUGCAUCCCUCCGUCUGCCGCUGCGUCCGCCCGCCAUGGACUCCCAGAUCCGCCAGAACUACCACCGCGACUGCGAGGCCGCCGUCAACCGCAUGGCCAACAUGGAGCUCCACGCCUCCUACGUCUACCUCUCCAUGGCAUUCUACUUCGAGCGGGACGAUGUGGCGCUGCCCCGCCUGGGACGCUUCUUCCUGGCGCAAUCGCACGAGGAGCGAGAACAUGCCGAGGGGCUGCUGCGCUUCCAGACGCGCCGUGGUGGCCGUGUGCUGCUGCAGGACGUCAAGAAGCCGGACCGUGAUGCUUGGGGCUCGGCGCUGGAGGCGGUGGAGGCAGCGCUGCAGCUGGAGAAGUCGGUGAACCAGGCACUGCUGGACCUGCACCGCCUGGCUGCUGAGAAGGGGGACCCGCACCUCUGCGACUUCCUCGAGUCCCACUACCUGGACGAGCAGGUGAAGGCCAUCAAGGCGCUGGGGGACCACAUCACCAACCUGCGGCGCCUGGCCGGGGGGCUGGAGGGGACCCCGAGCGGCCUUGGCGAGUACCUCUUCGACCGCCUCAGCCUGGAGGAGCGCAGCUGAACCACCACACGGGCGGCCCCCUGGGACCCCCCCCCUCCCAGGACUCUCCCCGCAGACCCUGUAACCCCCCUGCCCCGUCCAAGGGGGCUCGCCUGUUGGGGGUCUCCUCCUCCAGCAUGACUCCAAUAAAGGGUCUGCCCUUGC